ACAAGCGAGGAUGAUCGAUAUCGAUCACACAAGUAAACGUAAACCAAAACCAGAAGUGUCUUCCACUGUUGCACAAUACAAUCGUCAUUACUGACUCAAAUCACUUGAAUUUAAACGAGAUAUAAAUACAAACGAUAAUUUUCAUGUUGCAGCAACAAAAAAUAAUAAUGGCUAGUGUUGGUGAAGUGAUGAUCAACAAGCAAGUGAUAUUGAAGCACUUUAUUAAUACAGCUCCAAAAGAAUCUGACAUGGUGGUGAAGACAAGUUCAUUAUCUUUGAAAGUAGAGCCAGGUUCAAAUGCUGUUGUUGUGAAGAAUCUUUACUUGUCUUGUGAUCCUUUCAUGGGGAGCCGCAUGAAGAAGUUUGAAAAUCCUGAUUUCAAUUCUUUCAUACCCGGCUCUCCAUUGGAAGGGAUUGGAGUGGCUAAAGUUUUGGAUUCAGGGCAUCUGGAUUUUAAGAAGGGGAAUUUGGUUUGGGGAACUGUUGGAUGGGAAGAGUACGGUGUGGUUGAGAAUCCAGAAAACCUCUUCAAAAUCCAUCAUACUGAUGUUCCCUUGUCUUACUAUACUGGAAUUCUUGGUAUGCCUGGUAUCACUGCUUGGGCUGGUUUCUAUAAAGUAGCUGCUCCUAAGAAAGGGGAAUAUGUCUUUGUUUCAGCAGCAGCAGGUGCAGUUGGUCAGCUUGUUGGGCAAUUUGCAAAAUUAAUGGGCUGCUACGUUGUUGGAAGUGCUGGAAGUAAAGAAAAGGUUGAAAUUUUGAAGAACAAGCUGGGGUUUGAUGAUGCUUUCAACUACAAGGAGGAGCAUGACUUGGAUGCAGCUUUGAAAAGGUGCUUUCCUGAGGGCAUUGACAUUUACUUUGACAACGUAGGAGGAAAAAUACUGGAUGCAGUGCUUCUAAACAUGAGAAUUAAGGGUCGAAUUGUGGUGUGUGGAAUGAUCUCACAGUACUAUCUUCGCCAGCCUGAAGGUGUACGCAAUUUGUUGAACAUUGUUAUAAAGCGGGUUCGCAUCGAAGGAUUCGUAGUUGUCGAUUACGUUCCUCAAUACUCAAAGUUCCUGGAAGUUGUUUUGCCUUUGAUCCGAGAAGGAAAAAUUGUUUAUCUUGAAGACAUUACUGAAGGCCUUGAAAAUGCUCCUGCUGCUCUUGUUGGUCUAUUCAAUGGACGCAAUAUUGGGAAACAAAUAGUUUUAGUUGCUAGGGAGUAACUGAAGCCUUGUCUUGUAUAUGUUCAUAUCAAAAUAAAUUUGUUGUUAAACAAUUAAGAUCUCUUAUAAAAAUGAUAUGGGCAAAGUUGGGCACUGUUCCAGACUAGUGAUUAUGAGAAACAUUGAACCGGUUGAUAUGUACACAUUAUCCUUAUUGUAUUAGAAAGGUAGACUGAGUAUAGGUCCAGGUCCCCUGGAGGGGCUCAUGCCCAUCCUCAACUUAUGUCAACCAUGACCAGGAGAUAAACUUGCUUUUAAUAAGUUAAAAGCAAACCUCAAGGUAUGCAAACUGUAAU